AUGGAUCCAAGCAAUCUUCGUAGCCAGUCCUCUAGCUACGUAAGACUGUUUCACAGUCAACAAGGUAGCGUUUUCCAUGAAAACUUUCCUUACGAAAGUUUUCAUUCUAGUGUUAACUUUGGAGAAUCACAAACUUUUCCGGCUUUCAGUUCACAACAAUCUCAAGACGCACCAGUAGAGACACCAGUAAAGACACCAGCAGCCCGUGUUGAUGCUAUUGUUGCAAAUGAGCAGAGGUCGGGGGCCUUCUGGAAACGGGUUGCUGCUUAUUAUGCAUCAAGUCCUCAUGGAAGAGAGGAUGGUGUGAGAGAGCACGGUUGUUGCAAGAAGAGGUGGCACAGAAUCAAUGAAGAUGUUAACAAGUUUUGUGCCACAUACUCGGCAGCAGAGCGACAAAUGAGAAGUGUUGAGACUGACACUGACGUUCUGAAGAAGGCGCAUGACAGUUUCUUCUCUGAUCAAGAGCACAAGUUCACACUUGAACAUGCUUGGUGUGUGUUGAGGUAUGAACAGAAGUGGCUCAGCCUUACCACACCCACGGCAGGUGGCGUUUCGAAGAGGAAGAAUGUGGAGAUAAAUUCCCAAACUUCUACCAACGAAGGCUUCGUUGAUGUUGAGAGCAGGCCCGAAGGUGUCAAGGCUGCUAAGGCUAAAAGAAAUACGGGUAAAGGGAAGUCCGUGGCUGAGAUUGCGACCGUUUGGGAAAUGAAGAAGGACGAUUUGGUGAGGAAAGAGAGACUGUCGAGGCUAGCAAUACUAGACACUCUCCUUGGCAAGACUCAACCAUUUAGUGAGGCGGAAGAAGUUGUGAAGAAUAAGCUCAUAGCCGAGUUAUUCUGA